AUAUAGCUAGUUUAGCGUUUCUUGCACUUGCACGUUGUUCAACACUGUACCGGAGAAUUUUGCUGAGCGUGCUGUUGAUUUUAAUAAACAAUUUAUAUAGUUUGCAGUAACUAACGAAAAGUAAGACAUCAAAAUGAACGCACCACCGACCUUUGAGUCAUUUCUGCUGUAUGAAGGCGAGAAAAAGUGAAAUCAUCAAGGAACUGGACACCAAAGUGACCAAUGCGGCAAUAUUCACCAUAAACAAAGAGGAUCACACGCUGGGCAACAUGAUCCGCAACCAACUGCUGAAGGAUCCCAAUGUUCUGUUUGCCGGCUACAAGGUUCCGCAUCCUCUGGAGCACAAGUUCGUUAUACGCAUCCAGACUACGGCCGAUUAUUCUCCGCAGGAAGCCUUCAUGAAUGCCAUAACCGAUCUUCUGGCGGAAUUAUCUCUCUUCGAAGAACGUUUCAAAGACGCCAUCAAGGAGAAGAAGGAGGGCGGCGAUUAAUCAUAUCAUUACCAAUAAAUUCCUUAGUCUUAUGAAAACCCAAUAAAAACUAAUGAACGCUUCUUCUUCCA